UGCAUUAUUUUUUAAAGAAAUCGGCUAACUAAAACUCAUACUGUUACCGGUUUAUAAUUUAAAGUGAAAAAUUAUUGUCAAGUUCAUAAAAAAUGGAGGGUGGAGCUGUUGCCCACAGCCUGGAAGGAAAAGUGCGAACGGAUGAUGUAAAACUGAAAGAACUCGCACCGUUUAGCAAAAUGCUUUUGUCAGACGCAGUGCGUAAGGGUUUGCAGAAAACGGGAUUUGUUUAUCCAACUGCUAUACAAGCCAUGUCCAUACCAAUGGGUAAAUCGGGACUAGAUUUACUUGUGCAAUCAAAGUCUGGCACAGGAAAAACUUUGAUUUUUUGCACAAUAAUAUUAGAGGCUUAUCGCAUGGACCUGCCAGAGCCACAGUCUUUGAUAGUAGCACCGACACGUGAAAUUGCCGUUCAAAUAGAGUUGGUAUUGAAUCAGAUCGGCAGCUGUUGCCAUGGCUUUAGAGCUGUCAGUGUAAUUGGUGGCUUAGACGUUGGUGAGGACAGAAAACGUUUACAAGGUGCCAAAGCUGUAGUUGGAACGCCAGGGCGAUUGCUACAUUUGAUACAGAAUAACGUGCUCAAUACAUCCAAAAUGCGUUUAUUGGUUUUAGAUGAAGCAGAUAAAAUGUAUACUCAGUCUUUCCGACAAGACUUGAAACGCAUACAAAACGCUUUGCCGUCUAAACGUCAAACCAUUGCUUGCAGUGCAACAUUUUGCGACGGUUUAGAUGAUGAGUUGGCAAAAAUAAUGCGAAAUCCUUUGCUGAUUUCAACUGAGGAGCGUGCAACACUAUUGGUUGGUAUAAAACAAUUUGUCUACGAAGUUGCGGAACAAAAAACAAGUAUACUAGAAAUGCAAUCUAAAUUGGAAGCUUUACGCAUUAUAUUUGGACGUAUAUCAUUCAAGCAGUGUCUUAUAUUUGCCGGCUCCCAAUCGCGUGCAAACUCUUAUUGCAACUAUUUGGAAAAAGAAGGUUGGCCAUGUGAACUUAUAUCCGGCGCGCAGGAUCAGAAAACACGUCUCGAAAUGUUUCAUAAAUUUCGUGAAUUUAAAUCAAGAAUUAUACUAACCACGGAUCUUAUGUCACGUGGCGUUGAUUCGGAACAUGUAAACUUGGUUAUAAAUUUGGAAUUGCCAACAGAUAUGGUGACAUAUUUGCAUCGUAUUGGACGCGCAGGACGCUUUGGCUCACACGGCAUUGCUAUAAACUUUGUAGCAAAUGAAAAAGAUCGCUGUAACUUAACUCGACUCAUAUCUCGAAUUGGAAAUGGCAUGAGUGUCUUAAAGUUUCCUCAUGAGGAAUGCAAGCCCGAUGAAGGGGAACGCGAUUUCUGGGAUUUUUCUAACUUUGAAAAGGAUAAGCAAUAUUUCGGUCUUUUUGGUUGUGAGGCACUUGCGCCAUUGGCGUCACAAGAUCAUAGUUCAUUUUCUGAUACACAUGAAAAUAAAGAAAACCUCAAAGUUAGUCAGUUAAAUCAAUCCAGCUCUUCUAUUGAUACAAACACAUUUCGAGUAGACUCGAAAGAUAGCGCUUUGAAUAUGCAGGAGUAUCUGUUGGAGCGUCAAGAAUCCAACAACCAACAAUACUCACCUUCACAUAAACUUACAGUAGAUUCACGUCAAAGCUCGUCACAACAACUACCCUCAUCUAAUACUAUUGAUGAUGCUAGUAGCAUUGCGGCAGAUAGCUUACGUAGCAGCCAACAAGAUAUUUCGCGUUAUCAAUCGGUGUUGAUGCAAAAAGCUGCUAUACCCACACUUUUUGAAUUCCUUGUUGAUCCCAAUAGUAGUGAGAGUCAAGGUGAUGCAGGCAAAGGUGAGGGUAAAAAGAAACCACAAAUUGAUUUCUUUGAAGACUACAAAAAUGCUGUGCUGACAAAUUCCGAUAACUCGCUGAAAGAGACAGAAGUUAAUAGCGUUGAGGAAAAGCCUUUAACUAGCAAAAUAGCUGCUUAUAAAUCGAUGCUGAUAGAUCAACCUGUGGAGAGAAAAUUUGUUGAAAACAAACACGAUUUAUAUUCCGACUAUGCCAAUUUUAAUACUGAAGAUAAUUCCAGUAGUUUGAGUCAAGAAACUGCCUCCAAUGAGGUUGAUAAAGCUACGUUUAUAUUGUCUGUUGCCACACCAUCGAAAAUGCAGGAUUCAAUAGAAGAGUAUGUAAAUACGACGACUACAGCAAGUGAUAUAAAAAACGCUGAAUCAAUAACUGAGAGUGUUGAAGUGUGCGAAGUGAAGCAUUUUACUUCACCAGCACAUAAUCAGCCCGGCAAUGCUAUACCUGAUGUUAUACCAAAUAAUCAACGACAUUUGGGCCUGCCCUAUAAUCAACAGCAACAACAACAACAACAGCAGCAGCAGCAUAACUUGACCGUUAAUGUGGGCGCAAGGAUUGAAAUUCCCCCAUAUCAGCCCCCACUUGCUGAUUCGCCAGCUCUAAAUGAUUCGGUCUUGCAUUCCCGCAAUGACGAACAAUCUCCCACAAUCAGUACUAAUGAUUCCUUGAACUCCCGUUCGAAUUCUGGACGCGGCUUAAGCAGUGGUUUCAAUGAACGGAAUACCACAAGCGCAUCUUCUGGCAUUGCCACUUCUGAUAAUGUGCGGUUAACCAAUGGCUAUCUUACGUCAUCAGAAAGCGGCUCAGACAAUGAGUAUGAAGAUGAGACUGAUGAUGAUGAGGAUGAAGAUGAUGAGGAUUAUGAUGCAUAUGAAGAUGAAGAAGAUUGCGAAGAAUGUAUUGAGGAGGAAGAUGAUGCUAUAGAGAUUGACGAUUUAGAUGACGAAGUGACAAAUGACGAAAAUGUAAGGGUUGCAACAGAGGUUGAUGCCGUGCCAAGGGCGGUGUAUAUACCAAAGAUAGUAAAAAAAGAGUUUGAAAUGAAUAUUAAUGACCGCUAUAAAAUAGAGGAUGGACCUGAAAGUACAAAAGCAAGCAAUUUGUUUGAAUCGGGUAUGAAAGCCGCUGAAAAGGCGACUAUAAAGCGGGAGACAUUAAAGACAUCGCCUAAACUUGAACAAGAUGUCAAUGUCAUGUCUGAUUCAUCCUCCAAAGAGGCAAGCGGAACUAAGAAAACGGUCAAAAAAGCAUCCACAUCCCAAGUGAAAGCAAAGUCGGUUACACAAGAAGCACAUUUGUCUCCACAUCAGUACAGUGAUAGUAAUUAUGAAACAGCGCAUGCGCUAUGGAUGCAAAUAUAUUGGCAACAAGUAAAACACAUACAGGACUAUGUACGUAUGUCGCGUGAUUUACGCAAGUUCGAAGAUGAAAAGUAAUUACUUAAUUAUAUACAUACAACAAAUACACAAACUUUAUGCACUACAUAUACACCUACAUAUGUACAAUGUGAAUUACAAUAUU